AUGCUAGCCACUAUCACACAGGACUACCUGAGGAUCUUGGUCUCCGUGUUUCUCCAGAAGCACCUCUAUGCUGACAGUACCAUCUUUGUGGACCUGGCCCCUCUGCUGCCCUAUGCCACUGUGCCUGAUAUCUUAUCGCUGCCCCCACUACAGGGCAAUACAGAUGUGCUGAAUAUCAUAAAUGCCAACCUGCAGAAGCUUUCUCUCGACCAGAAGAAGGCAUUUGGGAAAUGGUUCAGCUCCUCCAGCCUCUUCUUAAACACGUCUUCUAAUCCCCCGACUUUCAUCCAGGACACCGGAGAUCUGAUAGUGUACCUUCCCUUCAGCAAAUUCCAGAGUCUCUCAUCUGUGCAGAUUUUCAAUGGUCUUGACGUUCUCCUGAACAACUCCCUGAGCAGCCUGCAGAGUCAGUUUGUGGCUCAGAGCAUUCUGAAAGCAUACAGAAACCUGUCUUCUUCUGACAUUAAGAUGCUGGGGAACCUGACCUGUUUUGCGAGCACUGUCGAUUUACUGGCAUACAAAAAGAGGGAGGCCUUCGCCACGAUCCAGGAGAAUGUGAAGGAGUGUAUCCAACAGGGACUGGCGGUUCCCGGUGAAAUGAUCUCGGGGCUGUUCCUCAGUGACAGCGGGCUGCUCAAGAACACGAGCUCUCUCAGCGCGCAGCAGCUCUCGGACCUGGCGGAGCUCCUGCCCUGGCUGGGCCUGCCGUUCCUGCGCCAGCUCUCCUCAGCACAGCUGCUGGCCGCCCUCCCCGCCCUGCACACCAGCCGCUUCACACCUGCGCAGGCCUGGGAAAUUGUUGACAAGAUCUCGCAGAGCAACAGUCUGGCGGUGACCGAGCAGCUGUCGGCGCUGGGCUCUCUGAUAAGCGGUGUGCGGGUGGAGACACUGCAGUCUCUGCCAGGAGACGUAUUCCUGGCCGCUCUGCCCAACAUCACUGCCAUCCCAGCCCUCCUCAGCCCCGCCCAGACGAAUGCCAUCACCGCCAAGCUCUGGGGCUCCCAGGAGAUCUCGGGCCGGCUGGCCUCUGCGGAUUCCCUGCUGCCUUUUACAGCCCUCCUGAGUGUGAGACCCCACGCCUCCCUGCUUCUCGCCAACCUGACCACUGCCCGGAAGUGCAGCUGGAACACGCAGCAGGCCAAAGUGCUUUUUAAAGAAGCCCUGAAGACUCUGGUGAACAUGUCUACAGAUGAUUUCUUACGUCUGGGGACGGUUGUCCAGGGAACUGACUGUGGAUCUCUGAGACACCUCUUCCUCUCCCGGCCUUCCGUUUCUUCAAUCAGUACAAUCCUGACCUUUCUGAGAGAUCUCCCUGUCGACCUUCACACCUCAGUGAAAAAGUGCAUCAAUGAGGAGCUGUACAGUUUCAACUUCUUCCCGGAGCUGCUGGGGAAACUGGGCAGUCAGAUAGCUCUGGAGAUUUCAGUCAGCACCAUAAAGAACUUCCCUGUGGACAUGAUGAAUACUCUGAAGAGGAUGAUAGUGGGGGCCCCACUGUACUUUCUCCGUUUACCCAACAUCAAACAGGUCCUGCUGGUGGACAAGAUUGUACAGAGGCUGGGCAUGCACACAGGGGAGUUCUCCAAGGACGAGUUUGAAUCCCUGGGCGCCAUGGCAACCUUUGUGGUGGACGAAAUCUUUGUCCAAAUCAACCGGCAGUAUUUCGUGGAAAACAUCGAGUACAUCAGGAGCUUCUGCUUCGAUAAGAACAAGAAAGAAAUCGUAGGGAGGAUACUGCAGGAAAAUGCCACUUUUGGGCCUGUACCGAGCUGGACAUCACAGACACUGGAUCAGGUGGACAGAUUUGUUUUCUUCCUUCCCAGAGCCACUGUCCAGCAGUUGCCCCCGAUGCUGAUGACCCAAGAGAGGAUAGAGAAGUUGUUUUUGGGCCAGCAGAAGUGGGAGAGCAGUGAGUUUGGCGCCCUCUGUCAGCAGAACACAGAUGCAUCGGAUCUGCGAGCUGUUUUCGAGAGUCAGCAGUUCACACUUCAGCACUUUCUGGGCUUCCUGAGACCUGGAAAGCUCUCUAGGAUAACUCCGACUCUGGUGCCCAGCUGUGAGAGUCUGCGUGCCACCCGUCCCUCAGCCUGGAGUGUGGACAGCCUGACCAGCAUGCCUGCUGAAGCAUUUGUCAACUGCCUUGAGCUGAUUGGCCAGGAACCCUUCUUCACGCCCUAUGAGCUCACGCUGCUCCUGAACAAGGUCAAACAGAUCUACGGCCCUGCCUCCUCCUUCUCCCCCAGCGUGGUGGCCCAGCUGGGCUACCUGGCGGUCCGGCUGACAGAUGACGAGCUGAGCCGCCUGGCCCUGUCUGACCUGCGCGCUGUGUCUGCCCUGGGCCAGGUCGACACCUGGAGCCCCAGACAGCUCUCAGUGCUCUUCGGAUCCGUGCUCAAUUCUACCAAGCUAACAGCCAGCAAGCUGGACUCCAACACGCUGGUGGCACUGGGGUAUAUUGUGUGUGGGAUUAAAACUGCUGACAUGACGGCCCUCAACCCAGUGGAGUUCAGUAAGGCAGUGCUGUGGAUCGGCCGGAUAAACCUGCCCUGCUCAGAGCAGCAGCUGGGCUCACUGGUGGGCCUCCUGUCUCAGGCGGCGACGUUCGGGCCCAUCAGCUCCUGGGGCCCCGAGGUCUUCAUGGAGAUCGGCUCGGUUGCAGCAGGUAUUCCCGACAUGUCCCUGUCCUCACUGGUGAAGGAACAGAUAGAAGGAAUGACUCCGCUGGCCAUCUCACUCAUCCCCCCGGCCAAGUUCUCCGUGGUGUUCAGUCCGGACCAGAUCCGGAUGUUCUCCUAUGACCAGGCUGCAGCUGUGACCUCCAGCCAGCGCCAGGCCCUGAGCAGCAUGCAGCUCACAGCGCUGUCCAUGGUGCUGACGCCCUGGGAGGACAAGCCCGUGGACUUCAGGGGAAGGUCCACUGGACUGUCGCUGCAACCCGCCGCCUCCGUGCUGUUCCUGGGCCUGCUGUCGUUCUUCCUGUCUGGACACAGCCUGCUUCAUUGAGGCAGACCUGCGCAGCACUCAUGUGCUUGCACACACACUGGCACACACACUCAUGUGCAUGUACACACACACUAGCACACACACUCAUGUGCAUGUACAC